AAUUAGGGCAACGUAGUCGCAUAUAUCAAUCUCCUCGCCAGAGCCGUGAGAAGAGGAAGAGACAGGUCCCUGAUUAGGGCUAAUCGAAGAAUCUGCAAUGGCGUUGAGACGCGGUGUUCAAUCGGGGUUGAUGGCUUUGUCGCACUCUGAAGCUGGCUUGGCCAGAUCAGUAGCUCGUGAAUUUCAUGCAACUACUGCAAAGAGAAUGGGAGGGCACGGUUAUGAGGAGCCCCAUUAUGUUCAUGCUAAGCACAUGUAUAACCUUGACCGUAUGAAACAUCGACCUUUGAAAAUGACUCUAGCCGUGCUAUCUGGGUUCAGCUUUGGGGUGGUGGUUCCACUCUUCGCAAUGUACUUCCAGCAGAAGAAGACUAGCUCUCAAUGAGCCAUCAUUGUGAUUUGGAAAAGGAAUAAUAAGACUUUUGCAUGGUACACUCUAGUACUUGUUUGCUAGAGGCGUUUGAUAAGUUUCAUCAAAUUUCUGACAAUCUAGUAUUAAACCAACUUGGAAGUUCAUCGUUUCCCUUUGGAUUGCUUAUUUGUUUGUAUUCAGCUUGGCUUAAUGCAAAAGCUCCGUUUUCCA